GGGUGAAGGAAGCUAAACGGAAGAAGAGGCUAGUUGGCUUUACUUGAGUAAAUGUUAUCAAAUCAAAUUCGUGGACUAUUUCAAUGAUGAGACAACUUCUUAUCCGGAGUGCGUUAAUAGCUCUGAUAUUUUGACGCUGUCUUACAUCUGGAAUGAGAACCACCAAUGAUUGGCGUCAAGAAUGCUGGCAAUGCUGUCUGAACGGAUGCACUGAAUUCUUUGAAAUUUGAUGAAACAUUACUGCCCAGUGAAAGAUUCCAACAUGGAAAACAGUACUAAUGGUUCCGUUGACACCAAAAGCCCUGUGGAGAACGGCCAGCUGCCAGACCCUGCCACCUGGGGGGUUGCAGACGUUGUCAAUUAUUUUAAAGCAACAGGUUUUGAAGAACAAGCCACAGCUUUUCAAGAUCAGGAAAUCGAUGGCAAGUCCCUGCUUCUGAUGACGCGCAACGACGUCCUGACAGGGCUGUCAAUAAAGCUGGGUCCUGCAUUGAAGAUCUACGAGUAUCACGUGAAGCCACUGCAAACUCAACACCUCAAGAGCAAUGUGUCAUAGCUCUGCAGAU